AUGGCAACCCCUGACGGCUCUACCCCCUUGAGUGAAGAGCGUAUUGAACGUGAGCAAAUGUCGAGGAAAAAUACGACCGAGGAAUUCUUCCUUGAUGCCAGUGUGCAAUUUGGUCCCACCAACUCAAUCCGUGAGCUCUUGAAGGACCCAGCUUCCCAAAAGACACUGAUGAACAUGAUCCAACGCCAAGUGACUCUAUCUAAUGACCGUACUGAGCCCGAUGCCAUUUAUCCCGACUCACUCCUCAUUGCUCUCUACCUAAAGAAUGAUUCCUUCGAUAACCUAGAGCUGUUCAGUCUGUACAUCAUCGAGUACUUACCUGGAAUGAAGAUGGCCAAUUACGCCGAGAGACUCAAGAUACUCAAUGCCAGUUUAGCAGCCGGAAAGGCUUGGGAUGAUGCCAUCGAGACCCCUCCAAAUAGCGUGGCUCAUGUGAUGUCUGGUUCCUAUUCUUGGUCUCAAAGUGACCAGCUUGGUUCAUCCUCUACCACUACAGAUGGUUUCUCUCCUGCAAACGGCAAUGAACCAAGAUCUUCACCCCGCCAAUCCAACACGAACACCAUCGAAUCUCAAAAUGCGAGAGGGUCUUACGAGCAAGAAAGUCCGCUGGUCAAGCUGAACAAAGUCUACCACCAGGCUCUUGUGGAUUACUACAUUGCAGACGCCAACAAGUCAGGUAUCUCGGAUAAAUCGACUGACAAGUUCUCCAACGUCCGUUUCUUACGUGAUACCGCUGAGAACCUCAUUCGUGUUGCAGAUGAGAAGGGGUUGCCACACACUGAGCUGUAUGAGGAGAUUAGAAAGGUCCGGGACUUCAGCAAGGAACAUGCAGAGUGGCUUAAUGGGGGUCGCAAACGUGUCUUUGAUGAGCGGCAUCGUUCCAGAGAACGGAGCCGUGUUAGAGGAAAUAACCGUGUUAGAGAUGAUUACCGUUUCCAGAAUGAGAGCCGAUUCAAAGAUGAGAAUCGCAACCAGGACGAGAGCCUGCCCAGAGACGAGAACCUGCCCAGAGACGAGAACCUGCCCAGAGACGAGAACCUUCCCAGAGACGAGAACCUUCCCAGGGAUGAGAAUCGUUUCAGAAAUGGACAUCAUAACAGUUACGGACAUCAUAUCAGAUAUGACAGUCGUACUAGACGUGGUGAUCGUAUCCAGCAGAUGGAACAUAUCAAGCCGGAAUACUCCAACGAUGCUAAUGAUCGUGACGCUUACUACGGUCACCGUUCUCCUAAACGCAGAAUGACUACUCACGGGGGACGAAGCAGACGGGACCGCUCGGAGAAAUACGAUUCCUACCGCCCAAACUGA